AGUGAACGCUGGGUGGCGUCAGAGUGACGUUUUCACACAGCGGGACCUGCGCUGCGAGGCCGAAGAACAAAUUACGCACGCGUUGUCAACUCCAUCCGACGCUUUCCCGUCUGUGGCAAGACCUUUAUAUAACACAAACGUAUUCAAUCAUUCAUGAAGAGGUUUAACUUUUGAUUGAAAGUGAAGGAAGGAAGCCGAUGAGUGCACUACGUUACGCGCCAUCGCGUCAAACCAAAUGCCAACCAGAGUGGACGCACCGUCAGAUCUGGCAGCAGUGAUGUCGGGUGAUGGUGCAUCUUAUAAAAGACACGAGGGGCCAAACCGGCACAGGAAGGUGGGGGUGUUCGUGUCACUCCAACAUCCAGCUCUACUUGGACAGAAAUGUUUGAUCCAUCCGAAGUAUAGGCAGCGUGGAGAGUCCCCGAGCUGCUGACAUCAUGGAUGAGGAGAAUGGGAGCGUCUGUUGGAACAGUUCACUGGUCGAGGUCGACUGUUUCGGCAGCCUGGAGGACAUCGACGUGACAGCCGACGGCAGCCCGAUUCUGAGGCUCCUCAUCUGCAGUGUUUAUUCGGUCGUGUGCGCCGCGGGUCUGGUGGGCAACGUGCUGGUCCUCUUCUUCAUCAGGGUCAAACAGGAGAGGAAGACGUCCACGGUGAACUUCUUCGUGCUCAACUUGGCCGUGACGGACCUGCAGUUCGUGCUCACUCUGCCCUUCUGGGCCGUGGACACCGUGCUGGACUUCAGCUGGCCGUUUGGAGACGCCAUGUGCAGAAUCAUCCUCUCGGUCACCGUGAUGAACAUGUACGCCAGCGUGUUUUUUCUCACCGCCAUGAGCGUGACCCGCUACUGGUCGGUCUCCUCGGCCCUGAACAACCGAACCGCGCAGAGGUCCUGUUCCGCCAGGUGGACGUGCGCAAUCAUUUGGACACUGGCGACUUUGGCGACUGCGCCGACGUCAAUUUUCUCAACUCUCAGCAACGUAACUGGGGAAAAUCUCUGUUUGCUGAGGUUCCCCGGUGGGCAGUACUGGUUGGCCGUUUAUCACAUACAGAAAAUACUCGUGGGUUUUGUCUUGCCGAUGACCAUCGUGUCCGUCAGCUACAUCCUGCUGCUGCGUUUCAUCAACAGCCGGAGUAUGAAAACCAGCAACACCAAACGCAGAUCCAAAGUGACCAGAUCCGUCACCAUCCUCGUGUUGUCCUUCUUCCUGUGCUGGAUGCCGAACCACGCCAUCACCCUGUGGAGUGUACUGGUCAAACUGAACGUCGCACACUGGGACAGAGCGUAUUACAUUGUCCACACCUACGUGUUCCCUCUGACCGUCUGUCUGGCUCACACCAACAGCUGCCUGAACCCCAUCAUUUACUGCCUGAUGAGGAAGGAGUUCAGGAAUAAACUGAGGGGUCUGAUACACAGAGGGUGAUGUUUUAUGGAGCUUUGUGAUGUGUUUAACCAAGAGUGACCAAGACGCACCGGGUGCGCACGGUGAGCGAGGCACGGAGCGAGAGAGGAGGGAGGAGGAGGAGGUUUUCAGAGAGUACAAUGAGAAGAAGCAACAUUACGUAUGCCAGGAUACUUCAUUCUGAUUAUAGAAUAAUGUAAUUUUAGUGUGCGCUUCUUGUUUUUAAAGCCCUGCUACUGUAGCUUCCUUUGAUGUGCAUAUAUAUACACCUUCUUCGCUGGUUCUUGGGCUUUACGCAUAGCGCAUUUAUGGCCGUGGCAGUGCCGGAUAAAUUUACACUACAAGUGGCGUGUUUCUAGUCAGUCCUUUGACGUGUGUGCGCAUUUGAGAAUGGUGAUUAAUUACCAAUAGCUUGCAUUGUAAGCUGAACAGGUGUAGCCGCGCUUUUCUACAUCCAUCUGUGACUGUCUUAUAUGAAAACAUGUGACCCACCAAAGCACCAUCACGCAUACUCACGACUCCCCAGAGAGCCUCCUGAGGCUCAGACAAAAAGCUCCUCUGGGAUGAGUUUAGCGCAAUCGCAAUUUCUUCUUCUUAGCUUUUCUUCAAGGGAUUUGAACUUGCAUUCUUCCUACUGACCAGCAGGGGGCGGUUCCUCUUGCGCAGAUUUUACUGAGAAAAUAAAUCAAUGAGGAAAAUCAUGCUAAUUCUCUUCAAUGGCAGCUGGUUUUUCAGCAAAGAUCCCAAGUUGAUUUAAUGCAAAACAAUUCAGUAGGCAAUUCAGUAUAGUAUAAAAAUUCAGUAUAGUAUAAAAUAUACAUAGAAUAAUAACCUGUGCAAUAUAAUAUGUUUUGUCCAUAUGUCCGUCGUCUCGUCUGCUUGAAGGUGAUGCAGUCCGUCCUUCACUUCCUUCACUUCCUUCAAAAUGGCAUCCUCCUUGACCACAGCGUGCAAACUUGGGGCAAAACCAAUGUUCCAAUGAGUCCAUUUAAGGACGCUGAUUGGCUAAAUUGUAUGUAGAUGUCAUAUUUUACAAAUAUUCAUAUGUUCCAUAGUUCGAAAAUUGACGUUUGUUAUAAUUUAAUAUAUUUUUGUUUCUUUUCUUAUUUUUGGGGCUCAAGGAGAGGCGCACCAUUGCCCUCCAUUGGCCAGCGGUCUCUGCUUCUCGCUAUUAACAUGAAUAGGAGUUCAUUUCUCAAUUGCAUUUUCUCAAGCCUUCUUGAAUUCAGCAUGUAGUUGAUUUCGUAAAGGGUCCCACUUAAAUGUUAAAUGAAAGCUUGUCACCAGUGGCGUCUCUACCACAGGGCGCUCCAGAUACUGAAUGCUUGCUGCCAUUGACUUCAACAAACAAAUCCCAAGAUGGCAAUGAUUAAACCGGAGUCUCCAUAACCGCCGCCCACCAACCAAUGCGUCGCGUAACGGCCGCUGUCUCCCCCGUUGGUCUGUGGACUCACGUUUUGAAGCCUGAAUUUGGGAUUUUCUGAAAUUGCCAUCUUGGUGUUUGCAACCAACAAGAGGGUUGAGUACAACGGAACGCUGAAUAACCAAACGGGUCAUUGUAAUAAGUUAUUAGCUCAACAACAGAAUGUUUAAAAAAUGAUUUCUGUAAAAUAACGUGUGAUAAUAAAAAUGUACCCAAGUGAA